GUAUUAAUAUUCGGUUUUGCGAAACACUUUCUAAUCUAAUCAAUCGGAUCAUUGGGUGUAUCUUUAGAUUAUUAUAAUGGAUUCUCGGUCACGAUUUCAAAUACAGUCAGCAGUGCAACUUCAACCGUCGAACUGAUAACAAGAUGGAUCGUUGGGUAGGUAAAGUCGCUGUCGUAACGGGAGCUAGUGCCGGCAUCGGAGCGGUCAUAGCAGAAGAACUUGCCAAAGCGGGUAUGAUCACGAUUGGACUGGCUCGUCGAGUCGAACGUGUAGAAGCACUGAAAGCUCAUCUUCCUGUCGAGUCGUCAAUCAGACUGCAUGCCCUGAACUGUGACGUAUCCAAGAAAGAGGAUAUUAGAGAAGCGUUUCAACAGAUUCGUGAACAAUUCGGUGGCAUCGAUGUGUUGAUCAAUAACGCGGGAAUCGUUAAGCAGACCGCACUCUUUGCGGAAGAUGACGGACAGGCUUUGAAGGAAAUUUUGGAUACCAACGUUCUAGGUUUGACACUGUGCAGCCGGGAAGCAUUCAAGUCGAUGAAACAGCGUUCGGUUGCUGGACAUAUAGUGCACAUCAAUAGCAUAGCUGGCCACAAGGUACUACCGUUUCCUCACAUGAAUAUGUACGCAGCCAGCAAGUACGCCGUUACGGCAAUUACAGAGACUAUGCGAAACGAAUUGCGAGAGAUGCACUCCAAGGUGAAAGUUACAAGCAUCAGUCCCGGUGUGGUAAAGACGGAAAUUGUGGCAGGUUUGGAAGAUCACAAAGAUUUCCCAAAGCUAGAAUGCGAGGAUAUCGCCAACGCAGUUCUCUACGUACUUGGAACACCUGAGCGCGUGCAGAUUCACGAGUUAAUCAUUAAACCGGUUGGCGAACAGUUUUAACACGGUAUCUAUAAAUUGACAUCCGAAAGAUAAUGACUGUAAUAUAAAUACUAUACGUGAUUCAGUAAAUAUAUGAUCAGUUCAAUCGAUCAAUGUAUCUCUUCUAUGCGUUUUUGGCAUG